AGAGUGAAGCGCUGAGCAUGGGGCGGACCACGUGCUCCCCCUGUGCUGUGUUUUGAUAUAGCGCACGAGGGCAGCUUGUUCUAUCAGAGCAGAACCCGCUUUAAACAGCAGGAAAAUGGGUAAAAAAGGUAAGAAGGAGAAGAAGGUGAAGGGGGCGGAGAAGACUGCAGCUAAGAUGGAGAAGAAAGUGUCCAAGAGGUCCAAAAAAGAGGAGGAGGAUCUUGAGGCUCUUAUUGCAGAGUUUCAGCUUCUGGACGCUAAAAAGACGCAGGUGGUUGAAAGUUCAUGCCCUCCUCCUUCCCCCAGACUUCAUGCGUCAUUUUGUGCUCAUCCUGAGAAGGACGAGCUGAUUUUGUUUGGAGGAGAGUUCUUCAAUGGGAAAAAGACGUAUCUGUACAAUGACCUCUUCAUCUACAACAUGAAGAAAAACACAUGGGUUAAAUCAGAAAUCCCCAAUCCUCCUCCGCGACGCUGUGCUCAUCAGGCAGUGGUGGUCCCCCAGGCAGGGGGGCAGAUGUGGCUCUUCGGAGGAGAAUUUGCAUCACCCGACGGGGAGCAGUUCUAUCACUACAAAGACCUCUGGGUUCUUCACCUGAACACUCACACCUGGGAACAGAUCAAGGCUCCUGGUGCUCCUUCAGGCAGAAGUGGGCAUCGCAUGGUCCUGUGCAAAAAGCAACUACUUGUGUUUGGUGGAUUCCAUGAGAGUGCAAGGGAUUAUAUCUACUAUAAUGAUGUCCACGCUUUUAACCUGGACACUUUCACCUGGUCCCGGAUCACCCCGUCUGGCAACGGACCCUCCCCUCGCUCCGCCUGCCAGAUGACCCCCACACAGGACGGCAGUGGGGUUAUCAUCUAUGGCGGGUACUCCAAAUCAAGAGCCAAGAAGGAUGUGGAUAAAGGAAUCAUCCAUUCAGACAUGUUCCUGCUGAAGAGAGAGGGCAAAGACGAACGAGAAAAAUGGAGCUGGUCACGAGUGAGCCCCUCAGGCGUGAAGCCCCCUCCUCGUUCAGGCUUCUCUAUGGGUUUAGGCACUGCAGGGCGGGCGCUGCUGUUUGGAGGAGUGUGUGAUGAGGAAGAUGAGGAGACUCUUGAGGGAGAUUUCUUUAACGACCUGUUUCUGUAUGACAUCAACAAGAACCGCUGGUUCCCUGGUCAGCUCAAGGGCAGCAAAUCAGAGAAGAAGAAGCGCAGGAGAAGGAAAGGAGUGGAGGAGGGGGGUCCGGCAGAGGGGUCUUCUGAGGGGAAAGAUGAGGAGGCUCAGCAGCCGACAGAGGUUAUUAAGGAGAUCGUCACAGAGGACGGAACAGUUAUGACAAUAAAGGAAGUGAUCGCAGGAGCUCAGACUGCAGCGGAGGAGAGCGAGGAUGAGGAGGAGGGGGAGGAUGAUGCAGAAGAGGAAGAAGGAGCCGCUGCAGCUUCUCUGGUGGAGCCGUGUCCGAGGUCGAACGCCAUGGUGGCAGUGAAAUACGGGAAGAUGUAUUUGUAUGGAGGAAUGUUUGAGGUGGGUGACCGGCAGUUCACUCUGAACGACCUCUACUGCCUCGACCUGCACAAGCUGGACCAGUGGGAGGUGCUGGUGGAGAUGGACCCCAAGACUCAGGAGUGGUUAGAAGAAUCAGAGUCAGAAGAUGAAGGGGAUGAAGAGGAGGCUAAAGGUGGUGAGGAUGAAGAAGAAGAUGAAGAGUCUUCUGAAGAAGAGAGCGAUGAAGAAGAAGAGGAAGAUCAUCCCCCGGUGAAGCCUGGAGAGACGCUGGCUGAUUAUCAGAGUCGGACCGAGGCGUACUGGCAGGGUCUCGCUCGAACCAACAUGGGCUCUGGUGCUAAAGACAAGAAGGUUCAGAAAGUGGGACUCGCCAUGGCCAAGGUCUUUUUUGAGGACCAGGCUUAGAAGUGCUUUAGUGUGACAAAGGAAUAUUGGUACAUAUACAAAUUUGUUUUUGUGUGUGCUAGGGGUGGGCAAUAUGGCUCUAAAAUAAUAUCACGAUAUUUCAGGGUAUUUUUGCGAUAACAAUAUACUUGGCGAUAUAGGAAAACAGAAAAAUAAUUAAUUAAUUUUAGGAAUAUAGUAUAACAGCAUAAUCAUAAUGUGGCAAAAUAAAUAAUACAGCAUAAAAUAAUAUAAUGCAGCAAAAAAUAUUUCAGAAUAUUUAGUGCAUGCAUAUAAACUGCAAACUAAAACAAUUAUACAAUAAAUACACCUAAAGCUUCACAGUAAAUAAUAGACUACUUUUAAGACAGAACAUCCCUAUUAUCACGAUAUGGAUUUUUAUUUUUACGUUAUAAUAUUGUCCACCCCUAGUGUGUGCAUAUGUGUGUGUGCAGACUGUAUGCUUGUUGAGAGGGAACGUGAGUAUGUGGUGUAUAGACAUUGUAUGCGUUGUGCAGUGUUUAAUGUGGAUAGGCCACUUAUGCUCCAGUUUUAAGGGGAGUUUGGCCCUUCUGAUUCCAUUUGUGAUCUAAGAAAGGAUGCGAUCUCUGUCCAAUUACACUGUGCAAUUUUUAUCAUGUUUUUUUGGUGCCUUAACAAUCUUAUGAACUCUUAAAAGAACUGAAAACAAUUAAGGCCAUAAAAUGUCUGGAAAAAUGGGUUGAAAGGAAUGAAUGAAACUAAUUCAGAAGAGAAUGUCCUGUGAUCAAAAAAUGACCAGUGUUUGAAUAAAAAGGACAUGGACUUGG